AUGCCACGACUGUCGCCAUUUCGUCCGCUGCUGCGGCUUGCGUCGUCGUGCGCGGCGCGUGCGACUACGCCGCUUGCGUCUAGCGUGCUAUCGCGGUUCGCAUCGACUCGCUCUUGCUCAAUUACUCGUAUCUCGCCCAUCACACCAAGAAUAUGCACCUUGCUCGCGCAACCGCGCACCACUGUGCUGUCGCUCCUCCCUGCAUCGGCUGCGCCAUCGAUCGCACCAGUGAGGUGCGUAACGUACGGAUCCGAAUACCAACCUUCCCAACGCAUCCGAAAGAGGAGACACGGCUUCUUGAGUAGGAUCAAGACGCGCAACGGUAGAAAGACCAUUAUGAGGAGGAGGUUUAGGGGCAAGGCUAAAUUGAGCCACUAG